AGCUGUACAACCUGUCUAGCAGACUCAGACAGAGGUUGCACGCGCAGCAGCCCGCUCGAGCACUUCCUUAAAACUCAUUUAAGACUUUAAAGCCAGGAAAGACCGUGGUUUUAAUUACUUCACUCGAUACCGCCUCGCGCAGUUCAACAAAAAAGAGGAGGCCUGGGUGAGUGGUCGCCAUGGCACCCUUCCUUCGUAUCGCCCUCAUUACUUAUGACACAGGUGCUCUCCCGUCUCUGACUAACCCUCCCAUCUGUGCCAUCAAGAUGAAGGAGUUUGUCAGUACUGAACGAGGGAAGACCUUGGUUCAAAGAAAGCCCACCAUGUAUCCCUCUUGGAAGUCCACUUUUGAUGCUCACAUCCAUGAGGGGCGUGUCCUUGAAUUGGUUCUUAUGCAGAGCACAGAGGAGCCAUUGGCCAAGGCCACUAUAGGUGUGUGUGUGCUCGCAGAACGCUGCAAGAACUCCAAAACCAAUGGCCGUGCAGAGUUCUGGGUUGACCUGCAUCCUUCAGGGAGGGUUCAGAUGGCGGCGCAGUUUUUCUUGGAGGACAGUGAUGCAGCGGCAUGUAAACAGUCGGUGAAGUCUGUUCCUGAAGAUGGCACGAUGACUCUCAACAGGAGGAGAGGCGCUAUCAAGCAGCCAAGAGUUCAUGUCAUUAAGGACCAUGAGUUCACUGCCACCUUCUUCGGCCAGCCGACAUUCUGCUCUGUCUGCAAAGAAUUCCUCUGGGGGCUCAACAAACAAGGUUACAAAUGCAGACAAUGCAAUGCAGCUAUCCACAAGAAAUGCAUCGAAAAAAUCAUUGGCAGGUGCACUGGAACCGCUGCCAACAGUCGUGACACUAUGUUCCAGAAGGAGCGCUUCAAGAUUGAUAUGCCACAUCGCUUCAAACUAUACAACUACAAAAGCCCCACAUUCUGCGACCACUGUGGCAGUCUGCUAUGGGGUCUCUACAGGCAGGGCCUUAAAUGUGAAGAUUGUGGGAUGAACGUCCACAGUUACUGCCAGAAAAAAGUGGCCAAUCUGUGUGGAAUCAACCAGAAAGUACUGGCAGAGGCUCUGUCUCAAGUCUCCCAGAAAUGCCUGAAGAAGACUGACAACUCCGGAGCAGAUGACGUUGGGAUUUAUCAAGAACUCCAGAAACCAGCGACAGAUACUAAUGCUGGGAGCGACAGCAAGCGCGUGAGCCCUGCCCCAGCUGCUGUUACAGUUCCCCGAGUACGUCUCACCCUCAGCCAUCUGGUCUUCCUGAAGGUGCUGGGCAAGGGCAGCUUCGGCAAGGUGCUGCUGGCGGAGUUGAAGGGACAGGGUCAGUAUUUUGCUGUGAAGGCUCUGAAGAAGGAUGUAGUUCUCAUGGACGAUGAUGUUGAGUGCACCAUGGUGGAGAAGAGAGUCCUGGCUCUUGCUUGGAAGAACCCCUUCCUUACUCACCUCUACGCCACAUUCCAGUCUAAAGAGCACCUCUUGUUUGUAAUGGAGUAUCUGAAUGGAGGCGACUUGAUGUUUCACAUUCAAGAUAAAGGCCGCUUCGAUCUCAACAGAGCCACAUUUUAUGCAGCUGAGAUAGUAGUUGGACUGCAGUUCCUCCACUCAAAUGGAAUUGUGUACAGAGAUUUGAAGCUGGACAAUGUGAUGCUGGACAAGGAUGGACACAUAAAAAUAGCAGACUUUGGCAUGUGUAAAGAGAAUAUCUCUCCAGAAAACAGGGCCACCACAUUUUGUGGGACACCAGACUACAUUGCACCAGAGAUCCUGCUUGGACAAAAGUACACAUUCUCAGUGGACUGGUGGUCUUUUGGUGUGCUGGUGUACGAGAUGCUGAUUGGUCAGUCACCAUUCCAAGGUGAUGACGAGGAUGAGUUGUUUGACUCCAUCAGGUCAGAUGUUCCUUACUACCCUCAAUGGAUCACCAAGGAGUCCAAGAGUCUGCUUGAACAGUUGUUUGAGCGAGAGCCCAGCCGCAGGUUGGGCGUGUCAGGGGACAUCCGUGCACACGCCUUCUUUAAAACCAUCAACUGGCCAUUACUGGAAAAGAGACAAGUGGAUCCCCCUUUUAAGCCCAAAGUGAAAUCACCCAGUGACUGCAGCAACUUUGAUCGUGAGUUCCUGAAUGAGAAGGCGCGCCUCUCCCAUGGCGACAAAAAUCUGAUAGACUCUAUGGACCAGAAUGCGUUUGCUGGUUUUUCCUUUGUCAACCCCAAACUGGAGAAUGUGAUAAGCAAAUAAAAAAAAUGGCAUGGCCAGAAUCACAGUUUUAGCCCAGCACUCUAAAAAAAUGUUUCUUUUUUUUUUAUUUGUAUUCUUCUUUUAUUUUGUAUUUAGUCUAGGAUCAACCAGACUUAAGCUUGACUAUGACUUGUAAAGUCCCUCUGUUAGAGAAUGAAGGAAAUUAUACCAAGAUAUUUUCGGGCAUCUAAAACUAGAAUCCUGUCUCAGCUGUGAGAAUAUAAACCUUCAGAAAAGUCAGGGAGUGUCAUUGUUGUUGAUUCUUGGGGACUGUCAAUGAUGCAUUCAGGAUUUCUUUUUAAACUUUAUAAAAUUCUUAUGAUUACACUUUGGAUCUAUAUGAAUAAUUCAGUGGGCUAUAUCAUGAAAUUUGAAUUCACAGGCACAAGUGUGACGCUUUCAUUUAGUCACAGUACUGUAUACACCUGGCAUAGCGUACAUAAGCCAAACAAGUUCAGAACUUACAUUUGGUGUGUGCUCUGUCAGGUGUAGGUGUGUGCUCUGUCAGGUGUAGGUGUGUGCUCCUUCAGGUGUAGGUGUGUUUACACCUGGACAUGCUGCAGCCAGUAAUAUUAAUUUGUUGAUGAAUCCUGAUAUGAUUCAGCUCUUAUAAAAAAAAAGCACUGUACUAAAAAUGUGGAGUAAAUUGAAAUUCUUCUGUAAAUUAUAACUUU